GUGGCCGGGUUUUAAUGUGUGAAAGAAGGAGAAAACAGGCAGGGAUGGAGAGAAGAGAGGGAAUGAGAGAACGAAGGUGAGAGAGACUGGGAAGGAUCCGGACAGGAGGUGACCGCCCGGUGUUGUAGGGUGAAAGUGUGUGCGCGUGAAUGCGUGCGUGUGUGCGUGUGUAUGUGUGUGUGUGUGUGUGUUUGUGUGUGAGACUGUGUUGCGCUUGUGGCGGAGAGAAAGCAGAGAGAAAUCCACACAACUUCCAGCAUCCUCCCUGCGCCGCUGCGCCGCGCUGCGCCCCGCCGCUGCCGCCACCGCCGCGUCUUUUCCCCCAGUCUCUUCUACCGGGACUUAGGCGGCUUGGCGCGGUGAGAUGUGAAGAGGCUUGAAGUAUGGCAUGCGAGGAUGCUGUUCGCAAAGAAGAAGGAGAUGGUGACGGCGACGCGACCCGCGUUCAUUCGGACCCUGGUCUACUUUUUCUGUUUGACUACUUGUGCGAAAACAAUCUCCGGACAAACAAGGAAGGAUGAAAGGAUUUACCCGGAGAAUUUUACUCGGAUUUUGGACCGACUUCUGGACGGCUACGACAACAGGCUGCGACCUGGAUUCGGAGGUCCUGUGACGGAGGUGAAGACUGACAUUUAUGUGACGAGUUUUGGGCCAGUCUCAGACGUUGAAAUGGAAUACACCAUGGACGUAUUCUUUCGGCAGACCUGGGUUGAUCGGAGAUUGAUGUACGAGGGCCCAGUGGAGAUACUGAGACUUAACAACCUGAUGGUGACCAAGGUCUGGACACCGGACACUUUCUUCAGGAACGGCAAGCGGUCAGUGGCCCACAACAUGACCGCGCCCAACAAGCUCUUCCGCAUCAUGAAGAACGGCACCAUCCUUUACACCAUGAGGUUGACCAUUAGCGCCGAGUGUCCCAUGAAGCUGGUGGAUUUCCCCAUGGACGGACACGCCUGUCCCCUCAAGUUUGGAAGCUACGCCUAUCCCAAAACGGAGAUGAUCUACACUUGGACCAAAGGGCCUCAGCAUUCGGUGGAGGUCCCUCCCGAGUCCUCCAGCCUCGUCCAGUAUGAUCUCAUCGGCCAGACGGUUUCCAGCGAGAUCAUUAAAUCAAUCACAGGUGAAUAUGUGGUGAUGACCGUCUACUUCCACUUGAAGCGGAAGAUGGGCUACUUCAUGAUUCAGACGUACAUCCCCUGCAUAAUGACAGUGAUCCUUUCUCAAGUGUCCUUCUGGAUAAACAAGGAGUCGGUCCCGGCGCGGACCGUUUUUGGCAUCACCACCGUCCUGACCAUGACGACGCUCAGCAUCAGCGCCCGCCACUCUCUCCCCAAGGUCUCGUACGCAACUGCCAUGGACUGGUUCAUUGCCGUCUGCUUCGCCUUCGUYUUCUCUGCCCUCAUCGAGUUCGCUGCCGUCAACUAUUUCACCAAYGCACAGAUUGAGAGGGCCAAGAGGAAGCCAGGCAAGUGUCCCCCCGUGCCCCAAAGCACGCCUGUCAAGGUGAAGGACACAGAGGAAGUGCAGCAGCCAGAUUCGUCCCCAGCGUUGGAUUGUGAUCGGGCGGCCUGCUCCGGACCUCUCCAGUUCAGACCAACAGGAUGGAGCAUCAAGCUGCUGUGAGUCUGGGAUCAGAGUGAGUCGGCGUUGGCUGCAGAGAUCUCCUUUUGAGCUGMAUCAACCACUUGUUUCAUCUCUCCAAGUC